AUGGCACCACCUCGCUGCCACCAUUAUGAGACCAUCUCCCGGCAACCGCCGGCGUCCCCUCGGAGCAGGUGUCCUCCGGGUCUGGCCGGAGCUGCAGCAGUCAUGGCCACCCUGAAGGUCCCGGGAGAGCGGGGCUCCGCCCCGACCAGCCCGAGCUCGUCGUCGGCCGGCUCGGGGUCGGAGUCCUCCACGGGCCGAAGCUGGUCGUCGCUGGGGGACAGCCGCAGCUCGGCCACGGUGCUGACGCUGACCGUGCCCCAGUACCCCACGGCGCUGUCGGCGAGCCUCGCCAUCUACAGGAGCCCGCCGUCGAGCUCCGACUCCGGGCGGUCCUCGGCCCCGCCGGCCCCGGCCUCGCCUUUCCGCCUGCGUCAACCGCCCGCCGCCGAGCCCCCUUCGCAGGACACGCUGGGGUCCAUCACGCGGCCGCUGCCCGUCAAGGCGCUGCUCAAGCGCUACCUGCCGCCCCAGUCAGGCUCUGAGGGCGAGUACCGCUCCCCGCAGGGCUCGCCUUGCCAGCCGUUCUACAGCGCCGAGCUGCCCGUAGCCUCCUUCUACGGGCCCCUGGACGCCAGGAAUCCACUGCUCGCCUCCUUCGAGAGGGAGAUGCAGGGAGUGCUGGGCUUCCUCCGGAGGAAGCUGGCCCAGGCCGCCCCGCCCCACGAGCGCCAGAGGGUCCAGCAGCGCGGUGCCAGCACCAUGUUCAGUAUCUGGAACAAGUAUGAGGCCCGCCUGCCACCCGCCUAUUAUGACGAGCAGCUUUUGAAGGUUGGAGACAGCCUUGUUCAAAUGCAACAAUACAAGCUGGCCUUGUUACAAUGCUACGGAAGGUAUCUUAGCCAGUUCGACUGCACCAUUGAGGAGACAGAAAUGGAUUUGUGUCAGUUCAGAAACUUCUAUUUCCCCAGUGGCCUCAAAGACCCAAGUUCCAGCCUAACGUUUCGUGCUUUGGAAGGGAAAUGCAUUUGCAUGUAUCAAAUGGUCUGUGCCAGGGACCCCCAUCUUCAGAAUGAGAUAUCUCUAAGUCAUUGCUUUAAUAUAUUGUCUUCAUUGCGACUCAUCAUGCAAGUGGCACUUCCCCAGGAGAAACUCUGCUGGAUCGUCUACAACGGUACAAUUCAUAUUUAUACAAUUUGCAGGAAGCUGAUGAUCAUCGGGCUGUCUGCUAAGGCCUUGGAAUUCUUGCUCUGGGCAAGUGUCUGUAUGGAAUCCUCUAUACCCCUCUUAGCAGUUAGGUAUCUGACUUGGAGAGCUACCCUGUACACCGCUGUUUCCCAGUGUUACUAUGACUGCCAAGUUGGAGUUCAAGGAGAGAUAUUUGCUCGGCGAGGUUUGGGAAAAAUUGAUGAAUUAAUGCAACUAGAAGUAAUGAGCCUUACACCACCACAGGAUGAAGCAAAAAGAAGCUUUCGAGAAGCUACCAUAAAGAUGGCAGUGAUGAUCUUCAAGAGAGCCGCCUUUGAACCUCGAAGAAAGACCAAGUCCUUCAUAAGAACGAAACCAAGACUUAACUUACGGGAGGCGCAGAAUCUGCAAUGGCCGCGUACUCCCACGGAAAAGCUGUUGGUUGAGAUGUUUGACAGCAGCUCAUCCCAGUUCCUGGCUGUCUUGGAAGCCCUUUCGGAACCAAGAAGGCGAGUGCUGCAGACGGGUCCCCCCAUGUCGGAGGAGCUGGAGGUUCGGGAGGUCUUUGCGGAGCUCUUCAUGGCAGGUGGCGAGCUCUUCUCAGAGGCGUGUCAUAUCUUUGGGAAAUUUGACUUUUUCAAGACAAUUUGUUCGGCUUCUUCUCAAAUGAAACUCGCCGUCGAGGGGAAAGAUGGUGUUUCGAUUGCAGCCGCUGUAAAGUUGAUAAAAUUAUCUUUCACCUUUGAGGAAUGGAAUUUAUUUAAUUGUACCGCUGCUCAGUUUAUCAACUUCCUCCAGAGUCGAAAGGACCCAGCCUCAAGAAAAGCUGAGAUGGAUUUAAGGCUUCUGGUUGCGAUGGAGCCCUUGAUCAACGUCAAGAGAAAUAAAGGCUUGGCCUACACCGGGGAAGGAGGCAGCAGUGCCACCGAUGGAGCUCGAAGUGCGGGGAAGAAAAUCGUGUUUCAUGACUCUCACAUGUUAUCCGGAAGCUAUUCUGAUGACAUUUUCCACUUGGGGUCAACGUUAUUUUCCUUCAUUUGUUCCGAUAAUGAGAAAGUUCAACCUGAUAGUGAGAUUGUCACUGACCUGAUAAUGUUCCUGUGGCAGAAAUGCAAAAUGGGAAUCCAGCGGAUCUACUCAGCAAAAAUGGAGUAUUUCAAGUUUGUCCAGAAAGUCAAAACUAACAAAUGGAUUCAUCUGCUUUGGCAGAUAAAUGAGAUGAUUCAUUCUUGUAAAAUGGAAGAUGUCAGCCCUGUGGUCAUGGCUGAAGUCUCGUUACGACUAAGUGAAAUACUGGAAACUUUAGGAAACCCAGAAAAAAAAUUUAAAAAUCGUUCAGGUUCUGGAGGCAAAAUUAAUUUUGACCAUACCUUCUUCCACAAAGGUGGUUCUGAUGUUUUUCCAAUAUUGAAGAAAACACGUGAAGAGCAAUUACUUUUGGCUUAUGAGAUUCUUGAUAAGGCAGUUACAGUGAUAGGGAUGUCUCGUACUAGAACUACGCUGCCCGAUGGAACAUCAGUAUACGAUCAUUGUCAUAACAAGGUCAUCCCUCCAACAGAAGAUAGAACUUCUGGCAAGACAUUUACCACCAAUAGUUUGAUCAUGGAUUUGCAGCUGGAAAUCAUUCUGGCUCAGCACCGGAUAGCUGCCACGCUCCUUAACCAGCUCAAAGCUUGGGACUCUCCUCUCCAGAAAUCCAAAGAAGGUCAAAGUACAAAAGGGUCUGCCAGCACUAGUUAUUUCACAGAAUCAUACAUACUGAAAAAAAUCAACAAGAAUCGAAUAUCCAAAGCAAUCUUCUUGAUGCAAAAAGCUCUGAUAUUAUUUGAGGAAGAUCCCCUCCAGGAUUUCAAGUUACUGGAGGAAGCAUUUUCCUUAAUUAAGAAGACUGAAUCAGAGCAAACUGCACUGUACUCCUAUCAGAAGGAUGCAGAGGAUGGUAAAAUACCCUGUGGCAAAGUUCCUUCUCCUCCCAUAUUAAUUUCUAGAACUCAUUGUUCGGUGACAUUUAAACCUGCUCCACUUUGCGGAAGAAUGGUUGCUUGGUACACCAUUUUGGGAUGUCCGGUGGGAACACGUAUUGGAAAAGUAAGGUUGAACAACCAUUGUCUUCCAAACUGUGGACAACCAGUGCCUGCAAAUGAUAAAACCCUUUUAGAAGUUGUUGGUUUAGAGCCCAAUGAAAAAUACAUAUUUGCAGUUGCUGCUUAUGGCCCUGAUGGAGAACUUAUUGGGGAGGCAAUUGGAGAGACAUCUAAGCCAAUUCUGGUUUACAUGCCACUUUCUACAGUUACUACUCGUUUAUAUCUGACUGAGGUUGCCUAUCAAGUUGGUAAAUAUUCGUUGGCCAAGAAAGCCUUUGCACCAGUUUGGGAUUAUUUUGUCUAUACUCCUUCUCCAGCAAAUCCAUCAAUUAUUUCCUUAAACAGCACGCUAACUAUUAUACCACGCAGGUUACAUACAGAUACCUUGUCAGAGUCUUCCUCAGUCCUUUUAUACCAUUUCAUAAGAUGUGUUUUUGUAACGAGUAGCAUUAACAUUGUGGAACAAAAGCUCUUCUGUGAUGCCAUUAGGGGAAAUCAGGUUUUCACCUGUCAACAAGCUGCCAGACUAGUGGAAUGUCAGAGAAUGCUAGUGGCAAUUGAACUUAGUAUGUCCUUAAAUGAUUCGAAUUUUGCCCUACAAGCUGUUGUUCAGUGCUAUGGUCUCCUGGCCCCUCUAAUCUUUCACAAUAUUGUUCUGGUACCAGCAAUCCAGAUCCUAAUUAAGUGUUUGGUAGUUUUGCAAGAAAUCCCAAAUGUUAACUUUCCCAAGAGACAGAUGGGGAAUUUUGAGAGUAUCCAGCAUAUGAUCGCAUGUUCUGUUUAUUACACGACAAAGGUGUUGCGCUCUUGGAAGGAAUUUGACCUUGCAGUGAUAAUUAUAAAUUUUGGGAAAAAGUUGCUGGAUAUCUCACAAGGAUUAUUCUCAAAUGUUGGUAAAACUUCCUUUAGUGAUGAUGAGCAAGAUGAAGUAGUGGAAGAGGGCAUCUCCAUCAAGAAAGGGAAGAAGUCCAAGGCCCAGGUUGUCAUGCUGGACAAAAUCAGCGAACAGCUCAACCUCAUGGAAGCCCAGCUGCUCAAACUGACAAAACAAUAUGCCUUUAUGGAACUCACAGGAGCAGAAGAUCCUCUUUUUCUCUACCCUAUAAUUUUAACUUGGACACUCAGAGGUGCCAUGAGAGAAGUAAUGAAAUUCAAGAAUAAACCUCGUUUUCUGGAAUUCUUUGUUCAAGUUAUAACAAAAUGUAUUCAUGAAGAGAAAUUUAACUAUGUGGUGGAGAUGUCAUAUACUGUUCAAAACUUCCUAAAAAGGAGAAAUGACAACUUUCUUGGAAUAAAGAAAAGUGCAGCUGCAGAAACUACUCCAGCUAAUGAAGACCCAAAGAAGUACAAGGCAGCUGCCAUGGAGAUUCAAAAAGCCACAGAGAUACAACCUGUGAAGCUAAAAUCCAGGAAAAGAGGUGCUCUGAAAGACUAUUUUGCCAAACGCCCGUCACUGUCAGAAUUGCCAGAUCUGGAUAAAUUUAAAAGAUCUGAUGUUAGAAAAAUAGCAUUAAAAGUCCUGAUGGAGCUCUUGAGCCCAAAAGUGGCUCGGUAUAUAAAAAGAAAAAGGUUGCACCAAUUAUUUAUUGAGGAGUUACCCUGGAGAGCUCAGAUGAAUGUACAUUUGGCAUAUGCUCAUUUCAGCUUAUUCAAAAUCAAACUCGCAGAGCGUAAGAAGAUGAAGGCUUGCAGUUUACAAAAUAUAAUGAGCUUCCGAAGUUUAGACCCUGAUACAUUCUCAUUCCACAAUUCUGGGACAUUGUUAGUACAAGAAAACGUUAAUGAGGAAUAUUACAAAGCAAUGCUUGAAUUCCUGCUUACAAGCAAAACAGGAAAGACCAACCUCUCAGAUACUGAUGAAUUUUCUUUUAGCAGCUCCAAAGUGAGUGAAGUGGAAAGCCCCAAGAUACUGGCUUCCCCUGAAGUCAACACUGGUAUUAAAGAUCAAACAGGAAAUCUUGAAAUCUUGGACCAUUUUAUGAGAACCUUUGUGCAUUGCAGAAGAGCAGUGGUUCUUGCUCAUCGUGGUGGUAACUGGACUUUACUUCAGAACACCUCCCGGAUUCUUUGGAACUACGCUUUGGAAGUACAGAUGCUCUUUACACAGGCAAAUGCUUUUUCCAGAACAUUUCCCCUCAGCAAGGAUGCCAUUUUGUGCACGUUUGUGUUGCCAUUUUAUUUGACAGCAGAAGCGCUCCUUGACAUGCUGCUAGACCUGCAGAACAGCAAAUCUCUUAAGAUUUUGGAUGAUGAUAAAGAUUUCGGUGUUCCAAGCGCUUACGGGAACAUCGAAGAUGACGAUGGUGGCUUUAAUCUGACAUUUGAAGAUCCUUUUGAUGACAUGAAUUUGAUUGACUUGAAGUAUAUUUCUGACUUCAUCUUUAAAACUUUGGAAAUUUUGUACAGAGUGGGAAAAUGGGAAACACUAGCGCAUAUUGCUCUCCAUUUUAAUGAAAUUACACAUGAGAGGUUUACCGAGCAAGUGACACCAUUAUUAGUCUAUGCACAGAGGAAGCUUCUAGAGAAAAUCCAGAAGUUUAGCGGCCAAGAGAUGAUCGAUCUAGAAAAUGAGAUUGAGGACAAGAUAAACCUCCGCAAUGUCGUUGGAAAACAGCCCCAUCCUGCUUUUCGGCCUAAUGAAGGAGGGUGGCAUGGAGGCUUUGUUGACUUUGAUCAGGAUGCAGGUCAUUCAGAAAUCUUCCAAGCAAACAGACUAGUCUCUGUGCCCCUGAAUGUGAAAGAAACUUUGAGGUACUUUAGAGAAACCUUGGGGAAAUCUAAGUACCACAACAGGUCGCUGAAAUACAGCAGAAAGUUGCUCACCUUGUUCCUGGCCAACACACAAGAAAGCAGUGGUGGGAUAAACAAUCCCAAGUUUUUUUAUGGAAAAGUGGAAUUUAGCCUUGGAGCUGAAGAAAUGUAUUUGCCAACACCCCCUGAUCUUCUCAGUGAAAAGUUCGCUAUUUCUACUACAGUGGAGAGCAAGAAACUUUCUCCUUCCCAAUUUCAACUUGUUAUAGCUUCUUACGAGAAAACUAUUGAUACCCUUGAAAUCAACAAUCUAACAGAUCUCAAGAUACAAGCACUACAUGAGCUUGGAAAUCUUCACAUCUAUGCAGAGAACAGAAGGGCAGCUUAUAAAUGCUGGAGCCAAGCCCUUGAUGCCAUUCUCAAAAAACCAGAUGUUCUUCAUACAUGGAAAGAACUGGCCAAUCCCCCUCUAAAAACUCCGGAUAUUGUCAUGGGUACAAACUCCAUCGAUUACAGUGAGGAAUUUCUGUCGAUAGCUGGAAUUUGGGGAUGCUUGCAGGGAGGAGUCAUAGCCUCAAAGAUGGCACAAUACAUUUUGAUAUCAAAUGUAAGUGAGCGAACUGAAUGCUGCAUUUUCUCUUCCUAUUUUUUUAAGGCUCUCCUCAGAACCUCUCUAGUACAUCCCAAACAUGACCAUGAGUAUGCCCAGUAUGAAAUUGGCCAGCUCACACCAGGCCUGGAUCUCUUCUCUGAUCGACACAGGGCAGAUGUGACCAUUGUCCUCAGCAGCCUAAUUUACCUCUGUUAUGAGCUCCAUUCCGUUAGCCACAAUCUCAUCAUUCUGCCGCUCCUUUCAUUAUACCAUUAUUUUGUCUCAGAAGUUUGCCAAGAUGCAUCUAAAUGCAUAGAUGCAAAGAUCCUUAAGAUAGAAAUCCUCAUUGACUUAGGAUUCCUUUCUGAAGCUUAUAAUGAAAUAGCCAAUCUUUGUCCUGGAAAAGGCACCCCCAAUGCCACCUCUUCAGGCUCCAAACUUUUUUCAAAACCCAAGACACCAAUCACACAGCCAUUUGAAGGAGGAAAAUCUUAUAUGUGCAAAGAAAAUAUACAGGCCCUGGAAGAUUUAUUGAAUCACAGCAUCCCCGGGUGUGUGACUCUUCUGUGCCAUCCAUCUUUCAUCUAUAAGUUUACUUUGGUCAAAAUGCGCUUUUUCAUCAGUCUGGCCGCAACAAUAAAUUGCCUGCCAGAAAGUGAAGUGAAAUCAUUCUUCCGGGAGUUUCCCCAGAGAAACAGACUUCAGGUCAUGUCCAAUAAAGUGGAUAGCAGCGUGGAGGUCGGAAACAAGGCCCUGCUACUCCGAGUGGAAAGAAAUGAUGUUUUGGUGACAUUAGAACAUGCAAAGGAUGAACCUACAUCAACUAUUAUUCUGACCAAGACCAAACAGGAGCUGACUCCAGGUAAACUAAAGGGGAUUUUACUCACAGAAGCCGAAGAUAAGCUUCUCACACUAAUAGAAAAUGCAGAGUCACUCAUCCAAAAGAGGAUAACUCAGUUUAACCCGGUAGAUUUAGAGAUUAUGAUUGAGGUCAAGCUACAGCUAGCUGCUAUUGCCCUGCAGAGACAACAAGCGCCAUUCAGCACUUCUAUUGUUUUCACUGCAAUUAAAAUUCUUCAGAAUGCAGAAGUUUUCCAAAAAACUAAAGAAGAAAUUUAUGAGAACCCAGAUGAGCUCGAUGCCUUGGAGCCUCUUGGGAUGUCAGCCCGAGAACAUCUGAACAUUCAUAUGUGGCUGAGGUGCCGCCUGGCCCUGGUGGUGGCCUCCGUGGCACACAUCCGUGGCAUAGGGGUCUUGAAAGAAAAUGACAUGACCGACUGCAGACAUCUGAUAAACGAAGUGCUCGUGGAGGCACGGGACUGGAACGACCCCGAGAUGCAAGCAGAGGUGUUGGUACAGGCCGUCAAGCUUGACCUGCAAGAAAGGCACACUGCGGCCGAGAUCCUAAAACACCUUCAGGAUAUAAUCAAUUUACUUCAAGGAAAACCCUUUGUUACUCCUCGAGGCUCGUUAAUACUUGUGAAAAGCCUAGUGUUAAUGGAUGACUUACUGAAAAUUGAGGAGCCCCAGAAAUAUCUCUCUCCUGGAAAUGAAAAUUUCGAUUUACUAAAUCAGGCUCAUGCUCUUAUUAUCGAACAGGUUCUGUCUUUGGGUGAAACAAUUAAGCUGGCUUCUUCAGACACUGAUUAUGCAAAUAUCAUGUACCCUCUGAGAAACGUUUAUCUUCCAUAUAUCAACUUAAUGGCAAAAGUGAAGAUGAGAAUUGCUCAUACGUUAGCCAAGCAAGUAGCUUCCUCCGGGAAAGGAGAUCCUUCUCAAUGGGAACCUAUCAUUCAUCUCUUUGAGAUAGCAUUGUAUCAUUGUAGGACAGCUGCAGUACAAGAAGGCGAAUUAGAAGCGGAAAUCCUUUUCGAGAAAGGCAAAUUAGAACGUCAAGUGUUUAUUGCAGAUGAGACAACGCAUAUACCUGAAGAUCUCUUUGAAGCUAUAAAAAUAAGUCUGAAAAAUGAUCAAAAUACAGGGUUGAUAAGGAAAUCCUACCUGGAAAUAGCCCUAUUAUAUUUACAUAUGGAGAAUCUUGAGAAACGCAAUGUAGAAUCUAAGGCUUCUUCCCAAAGCCGAAGUCCAUCAAAGGAAUCCACAGAAGGGAAAGGUGAUCUGUACCUGAUGUUGUCCUGGAUGGCAAUCCGAGCUGCUUCGCAGGUCAGUAAAGCUACAAACGCAGUUCAGAAGCUACUUGGACAGAAGAGUAUUUUGACCGAGAAAAUUAAAAUGUUGCUCUUCCAGAAUAUCCCAGAAUUUGCUGUUGUGGAUCUCACUUCUACAUACGUAGAUUAUCUGACUGCUAGCUAUAAAGCUGUCUUCAAGACUGCAAUUUCCUCUCCAAGACAACCUGACAACAUUCUGGACAAUGCAAGUGUGGAACAAGAUCAUGAAACCACUGGGAGUGAAGAAAAUGAAGAGCAGAAUGAACCAAAUAUCUCCUGGGUCCAUCUGGUCUGCUACUAUAUUCACCUGUUAAGAGUUAACAAUAUGAAUACCUUGCUUGCUUCUCCAAAGCCAAUUUUCUUAGCAGAUGAAGUAUUCUACACUUCCAUUUUCAAUGCAGAUCUGAUUUUACGUCAGAAAGAAUUGCAUGGUUUCCUCAAAAUAUUCUUAAAUGCUUUUACUCGAACCUGUAUUGAACCAUUUCCGAAAGACCUUCUUGUUGUGGUAGAAAAACCAUCCAACGAUGAAAAAUCCCAACGUAGGCAAUCAAUUAAGACAGGUCAAGAAACGACUGUGAUAGUAGAAAAAUUUGCAGCUUCUAAGACCUCCUUAUCAGCUCCUCCAGACUUUAUAACGAAUUUUGCUGUAUGUACUGUAAGCAAAGACGUUUGCUUUCAGUGGUACCUACCCCCUCUAGAAAAACCUCCAAAGGAAACAGAAUCUAUGAUCAUGCUGCUGUAUGCCGUUAACACAAAACCUGUCAAGAUUUAUGAUGCCCUUGAGUUCAAAGACAACCAUAUAUAUGCUGGAUCUUACUGGCUUUCUCUGGACAAGGUUAUGGCCUUACAUGAAAAACUAUCUGGCCUUAGGCAACAAGCUGAAAUGUUGUUAUACACGUGUCCGUUGUCUCCAGAAGGAAAGUCAUUUGAUUCCUCUACAAAAAUCAACCCAGAUGUCCCUGAAAAUGUCAUGCUCACUAAAGAAAUGAAGACUAUGCUUUUUGAGUGUUGCACUGAGAUAGAAUGUCUGCUUUUGCAACGUGAAGACUUGCCCCUAAAAGUUGAGGUUCCAUUUGAAAUAACUUUGUCCACUGUAAUGAAGCUGGAGAUGCUUUUUGAUCCCUCUAAGGGCUGUGUCAUAAAGUCAAAAAACAUUUUCAAGUGGAUUACAUCUCUUCUUAAAUGA